AUGGAUCGCCUUCCUGAACCUGCUAUCCCGUUUACUCCCGCACUUACUCGUACCUAUGGAGGCAACGGUGCCUUCUACAAUUUCUAUAAUGACUAUUCACACAUCACCGAUCCCAAUCUUCGCCGAAGGCUGGCCCUGGCAGAGAUAGACAAGGCAAGAACCGGAUUCUUUACCGAUUCUUACGAUAUCUUCGCCAUAAAUCUCAUCACCGGCUUGCUAGGUUUAGUUUAUUGGCAAGGCCCCCCAAUACCAGGGUCAAGCUAUGGAGGAAACAAUGGGAUACUACCGCAAGAGGUCAACACCGCCCUGAAAGCCGCGACAUCUGGAGGCACCGUCAUCGGACAACUGGUAUUUGGCUGGCUGGCGGACAAGAUGGGAAGACGUAGGAUGUACGGAAUUGAACUGGCUAUCAUUGUGCUGUCCACAUUUGCUCAGGCCUUGGCGGCUCCUAGCAGUGUGGUGACAAUGACUGGUUUAAUGAUAUUUUGGAGAGUGUUAAUGGGCAUUGGCAUUGGAGGAGACUACCCCCUUUCGGCUGUGAUUACCUCCGAAUUUGCUCCAACACGUUGGCGAGGUGCAAUGAUGGCAGCGGUUUUCUCGAUGCAAGGGACGGGGCAAUUCGCAGCUGCAUUGGUUGCACUUAUAACGACUGUUUGUUUCAAGGGCUCGUUUAUAAGCACUACGACCCCUGGAACUUGCCACGAAUCUUGCCAAGUGGCCGCUGACCGUUCAUGGCGUAUUAUAAUUGCUUUCGGCGGCAUCCCCGCAUGUUUUGCGUUAUAUUGGCGACUGACAAUCCCCGAGACACCUCGAUAUACUUUCGAUGUCGCUCACGAUAUUGAGAAGGCCCAUGCAGAUAUCAGAGCUUACGUGAACAACCAGCCUGAAGGAAAGGUCGAUCCCAUUCUGCAGCAACAGACGAAGCGGAGCCAAGCCAGAAACUUGGCAGCUCCAGAGGCAUCCUGGCCAGACGCCUUCUCAUAUUUCUCACAAUGGAAGAACUUUAAAGUACUUUUUGGUACUACAGCCUCGUGGUUUUUCCUUGAUCUGGCCUUUUAUGGCAUCGGGUUAAAUAACGGGGUAAUCUUGGGAGUCAUCGGGUAUGCCAGCGGGGAUACCGUCUACAACACUCUCUUCAACAACGCACUCGGUAGCUUAAUACUUGUGUGCGCGGGCUCUAUUCCAGGGUACUGGCUUUCCGUCCUCACAGUCGACACCCUUGGCCGCAAAUCCAUACAGAUAGUCGGAUUCUUUAUCCUGACAAUAAUAUUCUGUAUAAUCGGCUUUGCAUAUGAUUCUCUCAGCUCCGGGGCUCUCCUCGCGCUCUACAUCCUCGCACAGGUAUUCUUCAAUUUCGGCCCAAACACAACCACCUUCCUCGUUCCUGGAGAAUGCUUCCCUACCCGUUAUCGCGCGACUGGACAUGGGAUCUCAGCCGCCGGCGGGAAGAUUGGGGCUAUUGUAGCACAGGUCAUGGCACAACCGCUCCUUACAAAAGGGGCGGCGAGUGACUGCAAAGGCCAUGCAUGUCAGCCGUGGCUCGACCAUUUGAUGCAAUUAUUUGCACUUUUCAUGCUCUGCGGGACAGCUACGUCUUUCCUUAUCCCCGAAACCAAGGGACGGACACUAGAAGAGCUUUCCGGUGAAAGGCCGCCGGAUUACAGAAAUGGGAGUACGACCCUGGAUGAUGGGCCUGGUGGGGGGUGGUUGAAUAGAAUCAAUAUUUUUGGGGGUGGCAAGCCUGCUGGCUUUAGCACGAUGCGGAGCCCGAGUCUUUUACCUCGCAGCCCAGGUUUAAGAGGGAGAAAGGAACGCGUGGGUAUUAUGACGAGUCCAGAAUUAUUACCGAAGAAAGGAGAGAAGAGGAAGAAGAGCCAUACGAAGGCGGGGAGCUUUGAGAGUGGUGCAGAUCCGUUACGGCAUUCUGCGAGUAGCAAUGGUAGACACGACGACCGCGAUGAUGCAUAUAUUUCGAGGGGCUCUGGCGGAGUGUUCCCUGGAUGGGGCGCUGGUUGGACGGUUCAGGGUGGCUCGUCGAGGGAGAGAGUGGGAGGAGACGGUAUCAUGUUACAUGAUGUUGGAAGCUUGUUGAAAUAA